AACAGCUGGAGCGCGUGGAAGGUGGUUUGGAUACAAUAAAUCAGGAUAUGCGAGAAGCGGAGGAGCAUCUCAAAGGCAUGGAAAAAUGCUGCGGCUUGUGUACUCUGCCGUGUUUUAAGACAGAAGAUUUUGAAAAAAAUUCAGAAUAUGCGAAAGCAUGGAAAAAGGAUGAUGACGGGGGAGUGAUAAGUGAUCAACCUCGCAUAACAGUGGGCGACUCUGGAAUGGGCCCUCAAGGCGGAUACAUCACACGAAUAACCAAUGAUGCGCGAGAAGAUGAGAUGGACGAGAACGUUCAGCAGGUAUCAACAAUGGUCGGCAAUUUACGUAACAUGGCUAUUGACAUGAGCACUGAAGUUAGCAAUCAGAACAGACAGCUGGAUCGCAUACACGAAAAGACACAAUCGAACGAAGUACGAGUGGAAUCAGCUAACAAGCGGGCAAAUAAGCUAAUCACUAAAUAACG